AAUAUUUUUUUAUUCCUGAUAAACGUUAUCUUAUUCCUGACUAAAAUGGUCUUAUUCCUGACUAAAAUAAUCUUAUUCUUGACUAAAAUUUUCUAAUUCCUGACAAAUAUAAACAAUAUUAAUCUGAAAAUACUAAUCUAAUACUUGACAAUACUAAUCUAAUACCUGAAAAUAAACAUUUAAUACCAAAUAAUAAAUAUCUAAUGUCUGACAUUAUUUUCUCCUUCACCACUAACCCUCUUCUUCUUCCUUGGCUAUAAUAUUUUUCACUCCUCAUUACAUCAAUGGAAACCCCUCCAAAUUGGGAUUUUCCACAUUAAAUCAAAUUGGAAGUGGGUAACGAGGAUACUUCUCAGUCUCAGAGAAAAUUCUAGAAUGCAACAUUGGAGUAUAAGCAGCUUGAGCUCCAUACUUGCGGCAAAGCACCCUAAACGAAAGCUCAGAGCAAUCAAUCAUGGGAGCAACUAUCAAUUUAGGCCGACCCAACUUCUUCCAAUGGGCCCAAGCCUGCUCUAUGGUGGUAGCGUGUGGUUAGAGAAGCCAUGAAUGAGAGCUUUGGAAGUUGAGCAAGGUGAUGGUUAUGGCGGAGGAGAGAGAAUCUCAUUACCAGAUCAUUGCCGGCACUUUCUGGUUGCGGGGGAAAGCAGCGGUGGUGGAGGAAGAAGGUGGAAGUGGGUAACGAGGUGAUGAUGGUUGGAUUUGGAUUUUAGCGAGAGUUGGUGAAUGAAUGGUGUUGUGAGUGUUGGCGGCGGACUCAUGGUGAGUCUGUCUCACUCGAAACUUUACCUAUUGUAAUUGUUUAGUUUUAGAAUUUAUGAGAAAAAAUGAUGAUGUUAAAAAUAGUUUUGGCGGGAAAAUUUUUCAUAAAAAAUUGACAAGUGUCCUUUAAUGAUGUCAACAUGUUGAUCCUAAAGUAUAGAGUAUAGAUAGAUAUAGAUUUUAAUUUUAAUUUUUUUGAAAAAUCAAUUGUGGAUUGUAUGUUGGAUAACAUCAUUUGGAUAAUUAAUGAUAUCGAUAUCAUUCACAUGAUAAAUCAUAUCAUCCAGUAUACGGAUGAUGUCACACACACAAUCGUUAAUUAGUGAAUUACUAUAAUGACCUGUUUGGAUAAGGGCAUUUCAUUUGAAAUGCUGGAAUUGGGCCAAAUGUAAUGUUUGGCUAGCCCAAGAAUUUGGAUUUAGAAUUAUUCCAAUUCCAUGCCUUUUAAAAAAUUAAUCAAUCAUUAAGAAUUUUAAAUCCAACCCAAAUUCUGGUCAUUUCAAAUUCUCUCUCCUCUCUCACGUACUCUCUUCUCCAGUUCUCCUCCUAUCUCCUCCAUUAAAGCUCUUUCUUCUCUGUCAAAGUGUAGCAGCGGCGCACUCCAUUGUAGCAGAUUCCUCCAUUGUAGCAGAUUCCUCCAUUGAAUCGGCUCCUGAGAUAAGUAUCUUCUUGUUGAUUUAGGAUAUUCUAAUGCCGAAGGUUUCCUAGCUCCUUACAAAGGUACUAGAUACCAUUUAAAUUUGUGGAGAGGAAACACUCCUACAAAUGAAAAGGAGCUUUUUAACUUGCGACACUCAUCUGCUCGAAAUACCAUUGAAAGGGCAUUUGGGCUGUUAAAGAAGCGUUGGAGCAUUUUAAGAAAUUCUAGCUUUUUUCCAAAAAAAAAUCAAGAAUUAUCAAUGCUUGCUUUAUCCUACAUAAUUUUCUAAGGGAAGAAAACAUGGAGGAAACGAGUCUUAUGCAAGAGGUGGACCAUGACUUGAUAAAUAUGGAAGCAAUAGAUGAGGAAGAGGUAGAAGAAGACUACAUUUUAUCCGAACAACAAACGAGUGGAACAAAUUUAGAGAUGACCUUGCUAAGAAGAUGUUUCAAGAAUAUAUGGCACGAAGGGGUCAAGCUACAUAGGUUUUAGUUGUAAUGAGACAUUUGUGUAUUAUUUAUGGUUUGUCAUAAAACUAUUUAUUAUGUAAUGAGAAAUUUGUGUAAUAUGUAUGGUUUGUCUUAAAACUAGCUUGCCUUUCUUCUUGUCAUAAAACGAGUUUGCCUUUCUUCUUGUCAUAAAACUAGUUUGUCUUUCUUCUUGUCAUAAAAUUUGUUUGCCUUUCUUCUUGUCAUUUUAGUUUUAGCAUUAGUACAAGUGUUGAUUUGAUUUUUUAUUUUUAUUUUCUUGUCUACAGGACCUUUGAACAUCAUACAUUAUGAGGAGACCUGGGAAAGAGCCUAUGGCACCUUCACAAUCACAAAGAAGAAACUAUACAAGUUGGAAUACACAAAUGGAUGGUGUACUCACUAAAACAUUGUUUGAGCAGAUUAAUGAGGGAAAUAAGGGUGAUGGGAGAAUUCAAAUCGCAAGCAUAUCAAGCUGUAGUGGAUAACGUGAGGAAACAAUUGGGCAUCUUAGUCACCAUGGAUCAAGUGAAGAAUCGGAUCAAGGUUUGGAAGAAACAUCAUUCGGUCAUCAAUGAUAUCAAAACUUAUACAAAGUUUAAGUGGGAUGAUAAAAAGAAGAUGAUAGUGAUCCCCGUAGAAGACCUUCAAGCAUGGCAUAUAUAUUGUAUGGAAACGCCUGCUGCAUCUGCGUAUCAAAACAAAUGCUUCGAGAAUUGGGAUGACAUUUGUACCUUGUUUGCACCUGAUAGAGCAAUAGGAGAUGGUGCUGAGCAACAUGAAGAAGCUGCUGCAGCAAUGGAGAAUGAAAAUGAUAAUGCAAGUACAUCAGAAACAGCUUCCGGAGAAUCAAACUAAAGGUUAAAAAGGGAUCGUCUUGCAGAUGCUGUGAGUAGCUUUGCUGAAUCUUUCAAGGAGUACGUGAGUAAAUCAACAAGGCCGACUAGUCAAGAAAUCUACAAGGAAGCGUCUAGUGUACUUGGAAUAUCUCGACACCAAGCUUUGAGGGCGGUUAAGAGGUUCUUAAAUGGCACAUUCGAGGAAUUUGAUAUGCUGAAAAAUUUACCCGAUGAUCAAAAAUUAGAUUGGAUCAUUUUGUGUAUUGAUGAGUAGUAGUGUUGUAAGUUAAGAGAUAAUUAGAGUUAAGUUGGAACUUAGGUAUUGAAAUUUAGAAUUUGGAAUUCCAUUGUUUCCCAAACAACAACUAGAAUUUGAAAUUCUAGAAUUGAAAUUCUCUCGUUUCCCAAACAAGUAUUUGAAUUUGAAAUCCUAAAUUUGAAAUUAUCAUAUUUCCCAAACAAAUGAUUU